ACCACCGGAUAGGCACUCAGGCAUCAUGUGACCACUGACUAAGUUAAAUCUUUCUCACUUACUGAAAGGGAGGCGUCUGAUGAUUGUUUACUGACCCUCCUUACAUUUUUAAAGUUUUAGAGACACUGAAUCAUGCUACCACUUACGCUCUUUUCCACUCUGAUUUUCCCCGCAUUCACCGAGCCUCAGGACCACCACUGGAUCUGCAGCUCCUCCGACGCAAACAUUUCAUACACCUACUGUGGUAACAAGGAAGUCCCUAUUUCAAUUAAUGUUACACCCUGUUUAACAUUGAAGGGAUCAUCUGGAACUCUGAAUAUUUUCUUCAUACCAAGAAGGGACUUAAGGAAGUUGUACUUCAACCUGUACAUAUCUUUCAACUCCAUGACUCUGCCAGAACGCAAAGAAGUCAUUUGCAGUGGAUACGACGACACGUAUUCUUUCUGCCGGGCGCUGAAAGGAGAGACCGUCAAUGCGACAGUAAAAUUCUCCUUCAGGGGAAUACGAUUCGCCAAGGGCGAGUACAACUGCAUUGCGGAAGCCAUCACCGGGGACAUGGAAGAAAGGCUUUUUUGUUUGAAUUUUACCGUUGUGCACCUUCCGCACUUUAAUUAGAAUAAAUUGAGCAUUUUUUUAUUUUUUAAAAAA